UGUAAAACAAAAAUAAAUGGAACAUAUUGUCACCUUAUUUUCUUUUACUGUGUUUGAACAUCAGAAACUCUGUCUCCAUUAAUGGAGCGAGAUUUCUUCACAAAUCUACCAUCAGAGAUCACCACUAACAUCCUCUCACGUCUCCCUCUUCGGAGCGUUGCAAUCAGCAAGUGCGUUUGCAAACCAUGGCUCAAUCUGCUCGAGUCCAACGAUUUCGAUUUCAAAACCCCACCCGCCCUAGCUCGCGUGACGUCAAACAAUUGGUUGUCACAUUGCAUGAUUUUCGAAAUUGAAGACGAAGACGAAGCUGAUCUGGAGAGCCAUGACCCUCACUACAAUCAGCUCACAGAUUCCGUAAUAUAUCACGGAUCAUCAAUAGCGGGUGUUGCUGCUAAUGGAUCACUUCUUCUAUUGGUUGUUGUAACCACAUACUCAAAUCCUACAUGUUGUCUUCACAUAUGCAAUCCGAUCACUCGUAAAUAUGUCUACCUCGACUUGCCUGAGGCAUACACUUGUUAUUUGAGUUUUGGAUUUGGUUUGAGCAAAAUAAGCGGGCAAUAUAAGGUGGUCUGUAUCAAUACUUUCUCUGGAUCCAAUCAUGUAUACACCCUUGGAACACGAACAUGGAGGCUCCUUGAAGAUGGCGCUCCUUCUGGUUUCAAUCUCCCUUCUAUUACGGCACAAUCUUGUCAUCUGGUUGAUGAAGGAAUACCAAGUCGAGGAAUCUUGGACCUAGAGUACAAGUUGAGUACUGCUCGUUUUGGUUUUGGUAAGACUAAAAUUCUUUAUGUUUUUCCUAUCAAAAUUUUCAAAGAUGGUGACAUUUUGAUGUUGCUGAACAGCAACCAGCUCAUCUGCUACUCCAACAAGACAAGAACUACUCAAAAGGUUGAUAUGUUUAAGGAUGCAUCUAAAAAGUGUACCUUCGCCAUGAUUUUCACUCCUAGCCUUUUAUCAUUUGAGAGUUUUGGGAUCAAGAAUGUGUUGUCGUUCUAGUUGAUAAUAUUAGUCUACAUUUGUGAGUUCGUGUUUAUAUGAGUUGUGGUCAUAACUCAUAUCUAAGGUUUCAUUGUUUGUAGUGUUCGGGUUUGGCCUUGUCGUGUAGACCCGACACUAGCUAGCAUAUAUAUUUGAGAUAUCGUUUAUAAUCUCAUUCUAGUUCAUAAUGUAGUCUACAUUUGUGUUUUAUUAUUAUUUGGUUGUAUGUGUUGAAUUUAUGGUGUGGUGUUCGGGUUUGGCCUUAUAUCGAACAUUCAUGAUAUGUCAUGGGCUAGCUAAUGCUAUAUUGUGGGUUGUUGUCUAUAAUCCCGUGCUUUCAUAAUGUUAAUCUGCAUUUUAUCAGUAUUGAAUCGUGUCAACACGAAUUAAAUUGUAUUGUUAUCAUGUCGGUGUUUUAUGAGACGUAUUAAUAUUGUUUUUCCGAUUAUUAACAAUUUUGAACCGAAAGCACCAAUUCACAAUUCGAGAACAAUGGCACCCGAACCGUAUCACCUGAAAAACGGGGUCAGGCCCAAUAGCCCAUUUAUGACAUUUCCAGUUUCAAAACCUGAGCC